GUGCAUGUUCUGGACUGACUAACGCUGUACGGCUGUACGCUGGCUGGCAGCAAAGCGGUCGACGGCAACGGUGAGCUGCCUUUGGACUGAAAAGAAGCGGUGGACGGUGAAAGUGAAAGGGAGAGCGCCCUAACUGUGGAAAGCACCGGAGCAGGCAGUCCCCAUACAGACAGACAACAUAGGGAGGGAGAGAGAGUGUGUGUGAGAGAGAGAGGCCCCGGGUCUUGCUUUGAGCCAGCAGCGGUUCACCAGACACACACAGCCAUGGCUAACAUUGCGGUCCAAAGGAUCAAGCGGGAGUUCAAAGAAGUUCUCAAAAGCGAAGAGACAAGUAAAAACCAGAUAAAAGUGGAUUUGGUGGAUGAGAACUUCACAGAGCUGAGGGGGGAGAUAGCAGGUCCUCCAGAUACACCAUAUGAAGGUGGCAGAUAUCAGCUUGAAAUAAAAAUCCCAGAAACCUAUCCUUUUAACCCACCAAAGGUGCGUUUCAUCACUAAGAUCUGGCACCCUAAUAUCAGUUCUGUGACAGGAGCAAUAUGUCUGGACAUUUUAAAAGACCAGUGGGCAGCUGCGAUGACCCUGCGGACGGUGCUGUUGUCUCUACAGGCUCUGCUUGCUGCAGCAGAACCAGAUGAUCCACAGGAUGCAGUAGUAGCAAAUCAGUAUAAGCAGAACCCAGAAAUGUUCAAACAGACUGCAAGGCUGUGGUCUCACGUCUAUGCAGGCGCUCCUGUCUCCAGUCCCGACUACACACGCAAAAUAGACAAACUCUGUGCCAUGGGCUUUGAUAAGAAUGCAGUAAUAGCGGCCUUGUCUUCAAAAUCUUGGGACGUGGAAACGGCGACAGAGCUGCUCCUCAGCAACUGAAGUGCAGCCAGAUGUGAGGAUCCCAAACUCCCUUCAUCAUAGCAUCAGCUCCUCCCCGGCAUCCAUUCCACCAUUGCCUUUUGUUACACAGACUACACCCCAUUCACCACAGCAGUCUGAGCCUUCUUUUAUAACAAGUUUGUUUUGCUACAAACUCAACACCGGUAGCACCACAAUCACCAAUAUGCACACCACCCUGUUGCCUCUCUGACCCCAUCUGUCCAUUACGCUGUCUUCUCUUCCACUAACUCCAAAUGUGUAUCCUUGUAAAGCCACCAAAAACCUUCAGUCAUGCAUCUUGUCUUCCAUGCCCUUUAUUCAUAUUGGCUCUGAAACUUUCUUUCUUGUUUCCAUUCAUUUUUUGUUCCUUUUUAAUAUCGCUAAGAAUCAAAUAACUGCCACUGCCCGGUGGGUUUUCCAGGUUUAAUUGUGAAGGAAAUCCUGCAUACUGCUCUCACAGCACAUAACCAUUUACUCUCUCCAGCAACCAGUUGGACCUUAUGUUGGAUUAUUUUCUUCUAUGGACAUUUAAUACUAUAAAGGUCUAGCUGCAUUCGAUUGACUUGACUGGAUAGUGUUCUGCAGUGAGCAGUGUGAUAGAUUUUUCCUCAAGCUUAUCAUGGAUGCUUCAAUCACCUGCAAAAGUUUUUUUCCCCCUGUCUGUAGAAUUAGAGAAGAUCACACAGACAUCCUCAAAACAUCUACACAGAAGGAAAAAAAGUUAUCUGUAAAUAGAUGCGUGUAAAUUUGAAAAUACAAUGGGGAUAUACUUUUUUUCUUACAUGGCAUUGUAAAACAAAUUAUUUUAAAUAUAAACUAUGCCUAGUUUACAAUUAUAUGAAGAGAUAUCUUUUUAUGGUUUUGUGAUCCAGGAGAAAUCCCUCUGAAUGUCCUGUUGUUUUUUUUUCUUCUUUUUAAGAUUGUUUAGGGGUGGCACAACCAAAAUCCUGGCCCUAAUGGGGACAGGAGGUGACAGCCAGCUCAGGCCCCCGAAGGUCACAUUACAUGCCACCUUUUCUGCUCCACCACAAUCCAACCUUGUCUUUUGUUGUUCUUGCAUGUUCUAUGCUGCCUUUUAUUUCAUUUGGCCAAAUGAUGUGGUGACGGGGAUGUCUGUUCUGUUCAACAUCCCUUCAGACUUGUGGAACUUGAUAGACUCUUUCUAAUCCGUGGAAAGAGAUACCUGGAAGCUCUGCUCAGCAAGCCACUAAAGCACACCCAGUUUGACAUCCGUAGGGAACCAAAGCCUUUUUCUGUUGAGUAUGUUGCUGGAAAAAAAUUCUCUUCUGCUCCGAAACAGAUUCGCCUCGAGAAGAAAUGAGUGAUUGUGAAUGUUUGCAAUGCUGUGUUUUUUGUUUUGUUUUUUAACUCAUUUCAGAGCAAUCACUUUCAGCGACGUUACUUUGAGCCACGGAUUAAAGGAUGUGCUCACCCUCUCAGUCCUGAUGUUGAUCAUUAAGAGGGGGAGCUUUAUCAUGAAUCACUGAUCCAAUCCAGCAGCACUCAAUCAAAACUUUGGCCAUAUACAUAAAUAUGUAGAGAGAGAGAGGUGUGUAGGUGACAUCCUAUACGCCCAAACAUGCUUUACUUGCAGCCAAAUAAAAUGCUCAUUGAGGUCUUUGAAUGAUGUCUUAUGAGUAGUAAAAGAGGCUGGAACUCCUCUGACGCAGAUCGCAGGCCUGCAGUGUUUUCACACCUUUUGAUUUGAGGUACAUGGACUGUAAAGAAAAUGCUCAGCGUAUAGACAAGUGGGGUGUUGAUGAAUCCUCACACAUGGCUUUUCUGUUAAGAGAAUCUUCCUUUUGCUUGCCCUCCAGCUCAGCCCCUGCCAACACGGCAGCAUAUUACAGUACUACAUGGAGUUAUUGCGCUCCCUCUCCACUGAUGGUGAACAAUUUCCACCAAGAGCCAAAAACGAACAAAAAAAAAAAAGGAUUCAUAGUCAGAGGUAGAAUGCGCACACACCAUCUCCUUGACUUGUAAAUAGUCCAGUUCUUGAUAAAGAGCCGUCUCAUUAUCACUAGAGUGCACCAUUGAUGGCUGGAUCUAUAUUUUGUAAGAAAAAGAAAGGACAAAAAAAGGAACAGAGGCCCCCUCCUCCCCGUCUUCCUGGUGUUCUCACAAUGUACAAUAUUGCACGAUGAUGAAGCAUAGAAAAAAGGGGCUGUUGCAUCUCAGUUUCUCCAUUUGGAUUGAGACUUAUUUUCCUCUUUUGUUUCCUUGGAAGCGAGCAUCAGCAGUAUAUAAAAAAAAAAGCAUGGUUAUUUAUUGUGACAGUGUCAUGUUUCUUUGAUUAAAAAAAAGUGGAAAAUCAA